AUGGAGGGACAGGAGGACUUCGCGCUGGCGCUGCAACUCCAGGAGUUGUGGGAAGCAGAGGAUAAGGAGGCGGCCGCGGCGGCAGCAGCAGCGGUAGCGGUAGCAUGUCCUGAGGUGUCGCCGGAUCCCUCGCCCUACCGCCCGCUGUCUGUUGUGGAUGAGGCCUGGGAGCUGCUGGACCCUAGCCCCGACGUGCAUGGCCUCUUCGUGCAGUUCAACGAGGCGCUGUUCUGGGGGCGUCUGGCGGCUGUCGAGGUGUCAUGGAGCCCACGCAUGACCCUCUGUGCUGGAGUGUGUCGAUACGAAGGAAGAGGUGGAAUGUGUUCCAUUCGUCUAAGUGAGCCACUCCUAAAGCUGAGACCAAGGAAGGAUCUCGUUGAGACGCUGCUUCAUGAAAUGAUCCAUGCCCUGCUUUUUGUUACUAAUAAUGACAAAGAUCGUGAAUCUCAUGGACCAGAGUUCUGCAAACAUAUGCGUCGCAUUAAUCGCUUGACAGGAGCCAAUGUCACAAUCUAUCAUAGUUUUCAUGAUGAGGUGGAUUCAUACCGUCAGCACUGGUGGCGAUGCAAUGGCCCCUGCCAAAAUAGAAAGCCUUACUUUGGAUAUGUGAAACGCUCGAUGAAUAGAGCACCCUCCGCACGAGACUUCUGGUGGGCCGAGCAUCAGGAGACAUGCGGGGGGACGUUCACAAAAGUGAAGGAGCCAGAGAACUUUAAGAAAUCCAAAGAGAAAACUCAGCCCCCAAAACUUUCAAAUUCUGAGUCAACUAACAAAGGCAAGACACAAACUCACGAUACACAAAGUCUGACACCCUUCAGUGGAAAGGGAUAUCGGCUUGGAGGAGGAAACGGUGGACUCUCAGAGAAAAGCACAAAUUCCAGCAUUAGUGUCAGAAACAGUGAAACACCUGCUGUAGAGCAUCAUUCAGUAAGGACAGUACCAAUCCCUAAAAAUGAGAUAAAAUUUGAGAGAUCACCCAGAAGUGGCAUUUUCUUUCCACUUUUUACUGAUGAUGCCAGUGAGAAAAUCAACUUAGCUUCAAAGCGUGAGUUUCCAAAACCUUCCGUCGCUAGUACAAAAGCUUACAGGAAUGUUGAUGGAUCACCUGUUAAAAUUGCUCGUGUUAUGGAAGAAAAAUCAAACCAAGAUUCUGUAAAUGGCAAGAGAGUCACAGUGCCACCAAAACAAAUUUGUCUUCAGUGGACAACAACAGGUCAGGUUGCAGCUGAGAAAAAAAGCUCUGAAUGUACUAACACGCCACACCGAUGGCCAAAGAUGGAAGACAAAACCGCCUUUGAAAACUAUUUCCUUAAAAAAGGGAGUACUGACGUCUCUUUAAGUAUAGAUUCACCUUUGCAAACCAGUGCUGAAUUUACGGUGUCCUCAGCAAAUUGCAGCACUGCUGCAAAGCAGGAUAAAAAAGUCAGGUGUCCUGUUUGCCAGACUGAGGUUUUGGAGCCUAAAAUAAAUGAACAUCUUGACUCUUGUCUUUCAUAAAACCUUUCAGAAAGCUGUCUCAUAAACCAGGGCUGAAAACAUUGCUUGAAAACUACUUUGCUCAGGGUCUUCUUAGCCGUGUGCCUGUUCUGAACCGGAAUUUAAAUUAGCAUGAACCACAACUUCUGUGGAGUUGCACAUCAGCACUGACAAGGAAGCAAGCAAAUGUGUGUUUUAAUAGGUGGAUGUUUGUGUCAACAUUCUUGCUGCAGAAUCUGGGUACCAUAAGAGCAGGUAGUUACUUCCCAAACUGCAUAUUUCCAAGGCACUUUUAAAAAUCAGGACAUUUUAAAUCCUGGUAAUUUGUCUUUCUUCUUAAGACCCCGUUGUGCUGUUUUUUGAAGAGUUGUUUGCCAUUCCUUGCGUUAACUACCUCUAACAGGUAAGGAUUAUGCUGUUCACUGCAAUGUAACUAAACUAGAUGGCAUGUAUUUUUAGACUAGUAAACAUUUUGUAUAAGCCACAAUGACACUUUCAGUGGUCCUUCUUUUGAAGAGAUGGCUGAAAGUAAUAAUUUCAGAUAUGGUCUUGUCUCAAAGAUGGUAGAGGUACAGUCAUCAAAAACACAGCAGUGUCCUUUUAAGUUUAAUGGGUGGAUUGUAGCAGGAAAAGUCAAGAAGGGCAGUGAAGGUGCUGGGAAAUCAAGCACCAAGGUACUUGACUUAGAUAAGGAGAAGGCCCUACACUGAAGGGCUCAAUUAGAAAUUCAUCUUGAGGAGCAAGGAUUUAAGUUAAAAGUUAACUGUUAAAAGUUGGAAUAGUCAAAUAGAAGCUAACAAACUUCAAUCUUACAUGUGGCUUUUGAUCCAGGAUCUCAGCUAGAUUCUUCACCUGCUUUUUCCAAUGGGUUGAACAAAUCCGUGUGUUGAAAGUUCACUGUUUGGGGUUGGUUUGUUUGUUUUUGAUAUAGGUAUUAGCUGCAUGGGUAACUGACCCCUGUAUUCUGACACCAGUAAGUAAAAGUUGUGAGGAAUAUUGGUAGCAAUACCAGUAAAGACCCUUUCUGGUCAUGUCAUAAAAGCCUUUGUGAUUUUUCAAUUAACCUUCCAGUGCAGUACAAGUCAGAGCGACGUUAACCUGACAUUAGCUAACAGUCUGUUUUGCUGCUUCUGGAAGCCAGCCAAUUUGGUGUUUUGUAUCCAAUAAGCCAGUCAGCUACGAGUACUAAAACCAUUGUGCUGUGAAAAGUUACAAAUGCUGAGCAAUUG